GUUUCUUAUGUUUAGAAAUAAACAUAACAACAUAAAUAAAAGUGAUCAUUAUACUUAAUAAACUAUAUUAUAUGUGUGACAUAUAUUAUAUUUAAAGAUAUAAAUAUAUAACAUUUAUAAUGGUGCGUUUUAAAAACAGGUAUAUUACGAUUGAAAUAGUACCUAAAAUUGAAAAUAACAAAGUUUUAACAUUGAGAACUGCUGCAUUACAAAACGCUAUUCAAGCAAAAGUUCAACAAUUAUAUGGAGAUUUUGGAUCGGCUGCAAUAAAAGUUGGAUUUCAAGCAAAAUAUUGUAAUGCACAAACAAAAAUAGCACUUAUCAAAAGUAGGCAUGGACCUCAUAAAUUUAUAUUAAAUUGCAUUCCAUUGCUAAGUGAUAUCGAUGGUCGAGCUGUAACAGUAAAUAUUCUUUAUGUCGGUGCAACUAUAAAACAUUGUUUUAUUUUUAUAAGAACGUACCAGCAGAAGAAGUUGGAAAAAAUGUGGGAUACUUUUAGAAAUGAUAAUGAAAGAAGAGAAAUGCAAAAAGCGUUGAUGCAAUUGACAACUUCUAUGAAAGUUUUUAGAUAAUAUUGAAUUAAUUAAAAAUAUUUAUUGAUAUAUUAAAAACAGAUUUGUAUUGCUUGUUUCUUUAAAAAAGAUUCUUUAAAA